AAUCAACGAUUUCUAAUGAAAAAAUAUGUUGAGAAAAUUGCUAUUUUAAGAAAUUGUCCCCAUCUGUCGAACACACCCCGCCAUCCCACUGUUAGCACACUUGUCGCGGUACACUGGCACCUACCACUACUUUUCGCCUUUGAUCUCCAGAGUUAACCUGCCCGGCAUGUCCAGCAGUUCAAUAUCACAUUACCAAUUUUACACGAAUCCAGAUUUAUUGCCCUUCCAUGCACAAAAUUUUGCUGCUAUCGCUGAUCUGUACGUACCUCGUGGUGUGCGGCGUCUUUAAAAUGAAGUUUGUGAAGCAAAAGGUGCCCAAAGCCUUGAUUUUAUUCGCUCAUUCGUUGCUCAAGUACCCCGUUACGUUUUUCCUUGCCAAGAAAAGAAGACAUUUUGACCGACGAAUUAUUGUAGUUGUGGUUCUGUAUUCAAUCUCGACAUACAUUUUUUUAUUGUCCGCAGAACAUAUCAGUGUUGUUACUCUGGCAAUUUGCACACCCACAAGGAUUAUUUUCACUUUUAUCCUGUCAAAAUUCUUUUAUGCCAAAAAGUACACAUUUUUGCAACACCUGGCGCUGGUGAUGAUAAUUGUUGGGUUUUCUAUCGCUAAUCUCAGGAACAACACAAGCGAAAAAGGUACUAACGUGAAAUACCUGUUAUUUUUGCUAUUCGGAAACUUUUGCAACUCUGUGAGUUGCAUUUUCUUCGAUAGGACCAUAAAACAGAAGAACAUGAACUACUGGGAGUACAUGUACACGUAUACGUUCCUGAACCUUCUAAUAUCCACCAUGGAACUUAUGUUAGAGUACUCCUUCUCAAGCUAUGAUUUUGCACCAUAUUUGCGUAACAAGGAGUUUUAUCUGAAUGUGCUCGCACAGACGGCCGAAACUUUUCUUAUAGCGUACAUUUCGUUCCAGCUAACACCUCUACAGAGGGGAUUGAACCAUAUUGUCUGUGCUGUCACAAUAACCAUACUGACGAACGUUCUGUUUGAGACUUCUCCGAGUGCUCAUAGUGUGCUGGCCUGUAUUCUUACGUACGUUGGACUCAUAAUGUUUGAAUUGAAGAGCCUGAAGAAAAUCAUUAAGAAACAGAGCAGAGAAGUGUCUUGAUAUCCAACCAUGAGGGAAGUGAUGGUUCACAGUGCUACAACAUUGAAUAGACCAAAAGAAGUAAAGGAGUUAAUUUUGUGACGCGAUUAAAUCUAUCAGCACUUGGUUCAGUCUAAUCUCAGUGUAUAAACGCGCAUAUUUAUACCUUGACAACUUCUAGUUUGUAGGAGUAGCGUGUCCCAUACUUUCAAGAUCUCAUAAUAGUUCGCCGAUGCCCUACUUAUGGUUCAUUACGUAUGCUUAAAGAUCUACUUGGCGGUCUAUCCUGUAGACUAAUUAUCAGGUAGGGCUGCACGACACCCAUACGCGUUGAAAAAGAUUAAAUUCCUCUUUAAAAGUGUACUAUGGGUGACGAGAACUGAAGAAUUGGUGAAAGUGUUCAUCGAAUAAAAAGCAUGUGUUUAUCACUUCAGAUGGGGAGAAGUAAAGGAGUUAAAAUUUCGUUUUUAUUACCAGAUUGGUAUAUAAAAAUGUUUAUACGAAUUUAUAUUUUAGCUUAAGACAUGAAGCCAACA